UCAGAGCAGGAGGAGCUGUCCACGGUGUCUCCACUGAGCUCCACGACCUGGCAAUGGGAGUCCCCAGAGCCAUCCUGCUCUGCCUCUUUGGGUCUGUUCUCUGCCUGACAGUGUCCCAAGGCCUGCAAUGCUACAGCUUUCAACACAUCUACUUCGGGCCCUUUGACCUCAGCGGCUUGAAACUCGCCAACAUCUCCUGUCCCUAUGGAUGCUCUGAGGCUGUCUUGUCGCUGGACACUGGGUACCGCGCCUCGGUGACCCUGGUGCAGAAGGGCUGCUGGACCGGCCCGCCCGCGGGCCAGAUGCAGUCCAACGAGGACGCGCUGCCGCCCGACUACUCGGUGAUUCGCGGCUGCACGACCGACUGGUGCAACGCUGACUUCAUGACCCACGACACCAUCCCCAACCUGAGCCCAGCGCCCAACCCGCCCACGCUCAGCGGCACCGAGUGCUACGCCUGCGUGGGGAUCCGCCCGGAGGACUGCGCCCCGAGGAAGUCCCGGCGGGUCCAGUGCCACCAGGACCAAAGCGUCUGCUUCCAGGGCAAUGGCGAAAUGAGCGUCGACAAUUUCUCAGUCCCCGUGUACAUCAGAACCUGCCACCGGCCCUCCUGCACCAUCAUGGGCACCACCAGCCCCUGGACAGACAUCGACCUCCAGGGCUUCUGCUGUGAGGGGCCCCUGUGCAACGGGGGCUCCGUGACCCAGCCCUUCACCAUCUCCUCGGCCACCGCGCCUCCCCUGGCACCGCACCUCCUGGCCCUGCUCCUCGUAAUUCCUCUGCUGGUGGGCACUCUGGGGCGACCCCUCUGCCUCUCCCCAUAGACAGCCUCUUCAUGAGCAGGAUGCUGGGGGCAGGGCACGCCCUCCCCGCCGCACUGCUUCAGCCCCUGUACUGUGGGAAAUGACAAAAAUAUAGUUUCAUUCCUGCCUCUCUCCCUCUCACUUCUCUGUGCUGCCCCACCCUCACCUGCUCAGCAGGCCUGGCAGAAAUGGGGUGAGGCCCCCAGCAUCCCAGGGUGGGGAGACACAGCCACAUCCUGCACUGCAUGAAGAGCAAACCUGACAAUAGAUAUUAUGUGCUGAGCACCAGCGAGGCCCAGCACCCCAUGACCCCACUCCCUGUGCUCCCCACACCUCCCCACCCCCAGCCUAGGGCCGCUCCAGCAGGCAGCCAUGAUGAUGUCUUUAUUAUCAUCAGGAGAGGCUCGAGAGGCAGUUAUCGUAAAAGUUCAGAGCCCAGGCUCUGAAGCCAGGCUGAAUGGGUUCGAGUCCCAGCUCUACCUUUUAGCCUGUGGGGAACUUGGGCAAGUUACUUAACCUCUCUGCACCUGCGUUUCCUCACCUGUAAGGCAGAAGUGACAAUAAAACCUACGAUGA